GCGCAUACCGCCUCUCCUCGGUGUCACAUGACCGUAAGGAGGAAGUGCUGCUAGGCUAACCUUGCUAGCGGACGGCGCGGAUAAAAGGGCUGUGAUGUGAUGGCAGCUGCCAGUGUGAGCAGACCUGGAGGAGUCCAGAGCAUAGAAAAAUCCCAGCUGAUCUUGAAAGUGGUGUCUGCCAGGCCGCAGUCUCCAAAGCUUCCUGGCCGUCUGUCCCGCCUCAGCUCCUUCGUGGAAGUGACAGCUGAUGGCCUGACCAGCGAGACCAAGAAAACCGGGAAACGCAGCGGUCAGCACGAGCUGCAGUGGAACGAGGACCUCACACUGAAUGUGACUCCUCACAGUCAGUUGGAUCUGAAACUUUGGAGCUGUCACACUCUGAGAAAAGAGCUGCUGGGCAGUGCCACUAUUGACCUGCUGGACACUCUCCGAACACAUGAUGGCAGAAUGGAGAAUGUGGAGCUCAGUCUGGCUCUGCAGACGGAGAAUAAAGGCAGUGUUGUGUCGGGUGGAGAGCUGAAUGUGUGUCUGGACGGUUUGGUUGUUGAUUUGGGAUCCCUGCCCAACAUAUCAGCAACAGACAAGAUCCUACACACAGAUCGGCCCAACCUUCGCAGGACUCAAAGUGAUGAAACGCCCUGCAAUGCAAGCCCCCGUAACAGAACACAGAGACACUCUGCGGUUGGAUCUCGUGCAGAAUCUCCCAGUGGCUCCAGAGGAACAGCUCUCAUCUCUAACCGAGAAUUAAAUGGAGAAACCUCCUCACACACACCCCGCCACACAGGUAAAGGUGAACUCCCAGUAGAGGUGUUGGAGAAUGGACGUGGUAGUCUGGGCCACACCCCUCCUCCCUCAUCCCCAUCUCUCAGGCCUGCAGGAAAUGGUGCACCUGGUCCAGACAAUUUAGCCCCGCCCCCAGCAGAUACAGCCCCACCCAUUGCUGAUGACCAACCAACAGAGCCUGUGGUGGAGUCCUUACCUGCAGGAUGGGAGCAGAGGGUUUUGUCUCAUGGCCGAGUUUAUUACGUCGACCACAACACCAAAACCACAACCUGGGAGCGGCCCCUUCCACCAGGGUGGGAGAAGCGUGUGGACCAGCGUGGGCGGUUCUACUAUGUCGAUCACAACACCCGGACGACCACCUGGCAGCGGCCCACUCCCGAAUCGGUCAGGAACUAUGAGCAGUGGCAGAGCCAGCAGAGCCAGCUACAGGGGGCCAUGCACCAGUUCAACCAGAGAUACCUGUACCAAUCCUCUGGAGCUCCUGUUGAGAAUGAUCCUCUGGGUGCUCUUCCUCCAGGAUGGGAGAAACGGCAGGACAAUGGGCGAGUUUACUUUGUCAACCACAACACUCGAACCACACAGUGGGAAGACCCUCGAACCCAAGGGAUGAUACAGGAGCCUCCGCUGCCCCCUGGCUGGGAGAUGAAGUACACCGCUGAGGGAGUGCGAUAUUUUGUAGAUCACAAUUCACGCACCACCACCUUCAAAGACCCACGGCCAGGCUUCGAGUCUGGCUCACGGCAGGGUGGCUCUCCAGGCGCGUAUGACCGCAGUUUCAGAUGGAAAUAUCACCAGUUUCGUUUCUUGUGUCAUUCUAACGCUCUGCCCAGUCACGUCAAGAUCUCUGUGUCGAGACAGACUCUAUUUGAGGACUCAUUUCAGCAGAUCAUGAAUAUGAAACCAUAUGAUCUGCGGCGGAGACUGUACAUCAUCAUGAGGGGGGAGGAGGGGCUGGAUUACGGCGGAAUAGCCAGGCAAUGGUUCUUCUUGCUGUCCCACGAGGUCCUGAACCCCAUGUACUGUCUGUUUGAAUACGCUGGGAAGAAUAACUACUGCUUGCAAAUAAACCCCGCCUCUUCCAUCAACCCCGACCACUUGAACUACUUCCGCUUCAUCGGCCGCUUCAUCGCCAUGGCAUUGUACCAUGGCAAGUUCAUAGAUACUGGCUUCACUCUGCCUUUCUACAAGCGUAUGCUUAACAAGAAGCCCACCCUGAAGGAUCUGGAGUCCAUAGACCCUGAGUUCUACAACUCCAUCAUGUGGGUCAAGGAGAAUGAUCUGGAGGAGUGUGGGGUGGAGCUGUAUUUCGCGCAGGACAUGGAGAUGCUGGGGAAAGUUUCAACCCACUCUCUGAAAGACGACGGAGAGAACGAACUCGUCACCAGUCACAACAAGGAGGAAUACAUUGGUUUGCUGACAGACUGGCGGUUCACUCGGGGUGUGGAGGAGCAGACCAAAGCCUUUCUGGAUGGCUUUAAUGAGGUGGUGCCACUCGAGUGGCUUCGCUACUUUGAUGAGAAAGAGUUAGAGCUGAUGCUGUGCGGGAUGCAGGAGAUUGAUCUUAGCGACUGGCAGAAAAACACCAUCUAUCGCCAUUACACCAAGAACAGCAAGCAGAUCCACUGGUUCUGGCAGGUGGUGAAGGAGAUGGAUAAUGAGAAGAGGAUUCGGCUGCUGCAGUUCGUCACUGGAACCUGCAGGCUGCCUGUAGGGGGCUUCGCUGAGCUGAUAGGGAGCAACGGACCACAGAAAUUUUGCAUAGACAAAGUGGGGAAAGAGACCUGGCUGCCACGGAGCCACACCUGCUUUAACCGGCUAGACCUGCCACCCUACCGGAACCUGGAGCAGCUGAGGGAGAAGCUCUUGUUUGCCAUUGAGGAGACUGAGGGCUUCGGUCAGGAAUGAGGAGCCCUUUAGAUUAAAGCUGGGCGAGUCAGUCUCACUCACCUGCUGGGUCAGGUCGGGGAUGGGACCAGCGCAACAUAAACAGUACAAUAACGUAGAAUUUCCCAUAAACAUUAGGACUAUUACAGAUUUUAGCACGAUAUUGUUGAUCAUUAAAGACAGUUGAUUUUAAGUUUAAGGCGCAGAUAUGAAAUUAAAUGCCACCUAGAGGCCGUCUCCUCCUCACCAUGGCAACACUGGAGGCUGUUUAGUUCUGUGACCCGACAGCAGGAUUCAGUCUCACAGAGAUGGCAGGGUAUAUUACUAUUUAUACCUUUAUGCAUCCCGAGAGCCAAACACAGCACCCCCUGUUGUGGAGAAGAUGAACUUUUACCUGAGCAGUUAGUAAAGAAUUAUACAGAUAUAUCGCAACAGUGCCGUUAAAUUUCAUAUGCAUCUUCUCUGCAGUGUCUGGGAGAGAAUCUUUUUAUGUGGAACAGACUGUGUGUGUGUGUGUGUGUGUAAGAGAGAGAAAGAGAGCUUUGAACAAGAUGGAGCAAUGUGAUUUUAUUUGAUUUAUUUUUUGGUAAUUGUGAAACUAGGCUAUGCUGUACAGAGUGGAUGUACAGCAGAAUUCUGUUGUGGUUUGGGAGCAAAACGUUAAACAAUCCAUGAUUAAAACAAUAUGUACA